CCCAAAACUCAAAAGGGUAUUCAAGAUGGAAGACCUCCUCGAAAUCGAACUUUGGCCUGAAUUCGCAUCCUCGCAUCGCAAACCUCUCGAAAAGCGGCAGCCAGACAGAGAUGACUUCUUCGCUUGCUGCUUCUGUGUGCGGAUUCGCCCCGGCUGGGAUUUUGAGACCGCAAAGAUGAAAGGCAGAUACGGGAAACGUGGUGAAGCCAACAAGGAUGCGAGAAUGGGGCGCUACUGUAUACCUUGCGGAAUCAAAUGGGGAAAAUAUUCGCGGAGGGCACAAUUUCAUGUCGGGGGGUGGAAGGGGUGCUUCGCGUUUUUCUGCACUGCCUGUGGUGGGUUCCAGCGCGAGAAGUAUAGAUUCGAAACUUAUGGGGUUACGGAAAAAAGAUGUGAAUACUGCCGCCAGGAAUCUGACUACAAGAUAUACCUAGGAGCUCCCCUUCCCAUGUCUCAGCCGACUUCGUAG